CCUGGGUUUCAAAAACAAAGCACGUCAUGCUCAGGUGAAGCUCAGGCUGCCGUCCUCCUGGCAGCGCUCGGUUGUGUGAGUCCUGAGCGGAGCCAGCACGUCCUCCUCCUCUGAAGCACUCAGGUUGGAUCAAAACACUGAUGCUCCAGGCAGAUCUCCAGGGGGAGCCGAACAUAAGAACCAUGGCACACUGUAAUCUGCGGUCACCAUCCUCUUCCUCUCAUGAUGAAGUUAAUCUGGGACCUUCUGCAAACCCACAUGCCAGACCCACUGACUUUGACUUCCUGGCUGUCAUUGGUAAAGGGACUUUUGGAAAGGUCCUGCUCGCCAAGCACAAAGCCGACAACAAGUUCUACGCCGUCAAAGUGCUGCAGAAGAAAAUCAUCCUGAAGAAAAAAGAGCAAAAGAACAUCAUGGCAGAGAGGAACGUUCUGCUGAAGAGUCUGAAGCACCCCUUUCUGGUUCGGCUCCACUACUCCUUUCAGACCGCAGAGAAGCUCUACUUUGUCCUCGACUACGUAAACGGAGGAGAGCUGUUCUUCCACCUGCAGAGGGAGCGGUGCUUCUCCGAGCCCAGGGCAAGAUUUUACGCAGCUGAGGUAGCAAGCGCUAUCGGCUACCUUCACUCGCUUAACAUCGUCUACAGAGAUCUGAAGCCAGAAAAUAUUCUUUUGGACUCGCAGGGCCACGUGGUGCUGACAGAUUUUGGACUGUGCAAAGAGGGCGUAGAGCCAGAAGGAACCACCUCCACCUUCUGUGGCACUCCAGAAUACUUGGCACCAGAAAUCCUUCGUAAAGAACCUUAUGAUAGGACAGUGGACUGGUGGUGCCUCGGAGCAGUUCUUUAUGAGAUGAUCUACAGCCUGCCUCCGUUCUACAGCCGUGACGUUGGUGAAAUGUAUGAUGGGAUCCUCCACAAGCCCCUGCCGCUUCCUUCAGGGAGGUCCGAGGUGGUCUGCUCUCUGUUGGUGGGUCUUCUACAGAAAGACCAGCACAGACGUCUUGGGGCCAUCGCUGACUUUCUGGAAAUAAAGAACCACACUUUCUUUUCUCCGAUCAACUGGGACGAUCUUUACCACAAGAGAAUCACUCCUCCCUACAACCCAAACGUGAGAGGCCCAGCUGACAUUCAGCACAUUGAUCCAGAGUUUACCAGGGAAAUGGUUCCCAACUCAGUGAGUAGGACCCCAGAAUUCAACGCCAGCACCAGCUCCAACAACGCCUUCAAUGGGUUCUCCUUUGUCGCCACCGAGGACAGCUUCCUGUGA